AUGCCAAUACCAACUGAAGAAAAAUGGAUGAGUAUAGCUAAUCAGUAUUACAGAUUAUGGAAUUUACCAAAUUGUGUAGGAUCUAUAGAUGGAAAACACAUAAGAAUACAAAAAGUUCCAAAUACAAGGUCGACUAAUUUCAAUUAUAAGACAUACCAUUCAAUUGUUUUAAUGGCCUGCAGUGAUGCUGAUGGAAACUUCAUCAUGAUAGAAACUGGUUUCGCAGGUAGAAAUAGUGAUGGUGGUAUUUUUCGAGCAUCAAGAAUGGGUCGUUGGCUUGAAAGAGAUGGUUUAAAUUUGCCAAAUCCAAGACCAUUGCCUAAUGACCCUAACGAAAUUAAUUUUCCAUUUUAUUUCGUAGCCGACGCAGCGUUCCCUUUGAAAAAAAAUUUAAUGAGACUAAACCCACGGAGAACAUUAACAAAUAAAAAACGAAUAUUUAACUACAGACUCAGUAGAGGAAGAAAAACUGUUGAGUGUUCGUUUGGCAUGAUGUCACAAAAAUUUCAAGUAUUGAUGUCACCAAUACGAUGCACUAAUGAAAUUACCAUAAACAAUAUAAUACGAUCAGUAUGUAUCCUCCACAAUUUCAUACGUAAAAGGGAAGGUCGGCAGUAUAUACCUUCCAUUGAUUUUUAUGUAAAUAAUCCAGAAGACUUCCAAGUACCCAACGAGUUUAUCAGGGACAACCAAGAUCAAAAUGAGUUGCCAAGGACACAAACAGCGAGUGAUCUCAGAGAAUAUUUGUCUUCAUAUUUUGUUAAACCUUAUGCAUCACUGCCAUGGCAGUGGAAUAACUGUGUAUAG